AUGGCGGCCUCGAACCGAAGCCCCGCCGCCUGCUACACUGUGGAAGCAAGGAAUCCCAAUGAGAUAUGGAAAGCUGAUGCCGUCAUUGACAAUCACACCCCGGUUCUGGCUAUCCAAAUCUCCUUCUGCAUCUUCAUUACUAACCUUUUCUACGCCAUCCUUAGACCCCUUCGUCAACCUCGUAUUGUCGCCGAGAUUCUUGCUGGGUUGGCUCUGAGCCUUCUGGUUGCGGUGAAUGACAAUUUAGUGGACAUAUUUUUGCCUGCCAAAGGAAUUCUAAAUUUUGAAACAUACGCAAAUUUGGGGAUCAUGGGCUACGCCUUCAUUAGUGGAUUGGAAAUGAAUUUCGAUACCAUCUUACAAGUGGGAAAGAAUGACACAGGUAUUGCCCUUCUCGGUAUCAUCAUUCCGAUGGCAAUGGGAAUGGGCUUCUUUGCUGUGAUACAGCGAGUUUACGAAAAGCCUCUUGAAGAAAAUAACGGCAUAUAUGUAGGAAAAGAAUACCUAUUUUGGUGUUUAGCUUUGCCUGUCACGAGUUUUCCUCUGCUUGCUCGAACCCUCACUGAUCUCAAGCUUCUUUAUACCAGGCUAGGCAAGGCUACCCUAAGAGCAGCCGUGUUUAGCGACACUUAUGGUUGGGUUCUUUUUAUAGCAUUAAUUCCAUUUUCCAGCGACAGUGCAGUGGGAGCAAUCUUGUCGGUGUUGGGUACAGUGAUGUUCAUCCUUUUCUGCAUCUUCGUGCUGCGUCCUCUCAUUACAAAAUACAUUGAUCAAAACGCCUACCGCCAGGAUACGACGCAGAAUAAUUCUCCGUUGGCUUUUCUGAUCAUGGGCGCUUUUGUUUGCUCAUAUAUUACAGAUUUGCUCGGCACACACGCCAUCGUUGGGUCAUUCGUGUAUGGACUAAUCUUACCUCAUGGCAAAUUCUCUGACUCGGUGAUGGGAAUGAUAGACAAGUUUACUUCUGGAGCCAUAUCGCCCCUCUUCUUCUUCAGUGUCGGCUUGACCAUGAACUUGACGGUACUUGCACAUCAGAAAUACUGGCCCUUGAUGGUCUUAUUUAUCCUAUUGUUGUCCACUCUAAAAGUUCUAAGCACUUUCAUUGCCACCUUCUUCUUUAAAUUACCCACCCGAGACAGUAUGGGUAUGGGACUGCUUCUCAACUCCAAAGGGGCCUUAGCUCUGAUAAUACUAAACAUAGCUUUUGCCAGAAAGGUUUUGUCUGUGGUGCCCUUUACCAUUAUGGCGUGCGCGGUUAUACUGAUGACUAUCAUGGCGCCUCUUUGCGUUAACUCCAUAUACAAACCAAGAAAAAGAUUCGAGAAUUUCAGGCUAAGGACUAUCGAAAUGCUAAGGAAUAACGCGGAGCUUCGAAUUCUAAGCUGCGUCCACAAUGUUCACCAAGCUACUUGCAUGGUCAACCUCCUUAAAGCGUUCAAUGCGAACAGAAUUUCUCCUUUGCGUGUGUUUGGAGUCCACCUCAUUGAACACACUGGAGGUGCAGCUGCGGCCACUGCUCUUUUGGCCAAUCACAUGGAGCAACCAAUCCAUUCUAAAUCACAAGAGUUAACACUUUCACAGCCAAAUUUACAGAACAUUGCCAAUAUCUUCAACACCCUCCGAGAGGAAGAUAACACUAUCAGAGUCGAUAACCUGCAUGCCGUGUCUGCUUAUGACACCAUUUACAAGGAUAUACACAGCGUUGCGGAGCAAAACCGAACAGCCAUGAUUCUCCUUCCUUUUCAUAGACAACUUGAUGGGGUAUCAGGUGGUUUAGCAGAGACAACAAACGAAACAUACAGAAACAUAAAUCUCAAGGUUAUGCAGGAUGCCCCUUGUUCUGUGGCACUCCUUGUCGAUCGUGGUCUUGGAUUGGUGUCUAAAACCAACUUACACGUAGUGAUGCUCUUUGUUGGAGGACCUGAUGAUCGUGAAGCCUUGGCCGUUGCUUGGAGAAUGAUUGGGACUGCGAAUCCAGCGAUCACACUGUCCGUGGUGAGGAUUGUUCUGGCUGGUGAAGCUGCAGAGGCGGACAUAUCAACUAGUGAUGAUACUAAGCGGCCUUCAUCAACAAGAGUGGAUGAUGAUGAGAGGCAACAAGUUUUGGAUGAAGAGUAUAUAGAUUCAUUCAGAUUCAAGGCAAUUUAUAACAACGAUUCUAUAACAUACUCAGAGGAGGAAGUGCACAAUGGCGAGGAGUUAAUUGCACUGCUGCAAGAGCUGGACAAAGAUGGGGGUGAUCUUUACAUAGUUGGGCAAGGGAAUGGGAGGAACACAAUAGUAUCUUCGAGUUUCAUGGAAUGGUGUGACAACGUAGAACUUGGAGUUAUUGGGGACAUAAUUGCCUCUCUUGGUUCAAGUUCCUCAUUACUUGUUGUGAAGCAAUUCGGAUACGAAGAAAUGGAGUUGGGGAGGCAAAAUCAACAUCCCAGAUUGACCAGUGUGUCUGAGAUGGAUAUUUUAUAA